AACUUACAGUUUUUUUUUAGGUUAGCUGGACGGGUGAAUGACAUGAGUUUGUUUGGGGUGGAAUUGGGUGAUUAUGCGGUUAUGCCAGAAUUUCAAGGGAGUGAGAAUGGAAUACAAGAAUGAGCCCAUGGACCUCAACCUCCAAAUCCCAGCCGCAAAAUCUCCAGCACCGCCGCCGGUGACGCCACCGUCCUCCCAAAUAUUGCGUCAGUGGAGACCGGCCGCUCAGAGGAAUCUCAAAAACCAGUGGUUGAAAUUGGUUUCUCUAUGGAACGACUGGCUCUCUUCCUCCUAUACUGCUCACUCCCACGCCUCUUCUCUAGUAAACUCUUAUCUCUCGCAGAGGUACAUGGAGGCAAUGGAAUUUGGAGUUUUGAGUGACAUGCCAGAAUUACAAAAGAAAGCAUGCCACAAGUUACACAAGCAGCAGGUGAUCAAUAGGGGUCAGCUCUUGUUGACAUACAAAAGUAUGGUAUGUACGCAGAACAUGGUCGGCAUCGUAACUCAGAUGGUCAAGGCUUCUAGAUCUAUGAGGUGUUAUGUCAAAGGGAUGGGCAACAGCCCAAAUGUACAGUUUUCUUGCAACCCUGCUGCUGAUGAUUAUCAUCAGAUUGACAAUGGUGGUGAUGGUGGUGGAGUUCCCGUAUUCUCCUUUUUGUCAAUAUCUUCUUUUGAGCAACUGGCAGAAGAGUUGGUUCAAAUGUUAAAAUCUGAAAUGAAUUUAAAGCGGUUACUUGUGAUGGAAUUUUGCUCCAUUGGUGACAAAGAAGACAGCAUUCAUUGGUCAGAAGAGUUGUAUCUAGGGGAGUUUGGUGAUCUCAUUAUAUGCGAUUUGUAUUCCAAUGAACCAAUUUUCCUGGGUCAAAGAAAUUGCAAAUCAAGUAUACCUACAAAUUCACCCCGUGAUCAAGCCGAGAGUAAUGUUCUCCAGGUAUACACAACAACAUGGCUUGAAGAAGUGAAACUCGAUAGGUUUAGGAUUAAUGAAAUAUUUUCUAUAGUUGGAGAGGAAUUGCAUGUGACACUGUCUUGAAGUUCUUGUUGCCAUGGAGUCCGGAGCUACACAACCCACUGACUGCUUUAUUUAUUAUCUUGAUUCUUUAUUAGCAUUAACCAUUUCAUAAAAACUCAGCUGCAGAAGCAAUUAUUGAAGGAAUGUGAAUUCAGUAUUUUACAUUUUUAGGGAACAAUUUACCAUCUCAGCACCUAACGGGCGAGGUCCACAGUCCACACCAAUUGAUAAAUACUGAAAAGGUCGUCAAAAGCACAUCACUUCCACCCAAGGUUCCGACUUCUGAAGCAACUUAUUUAGAUUAUGUUUGUUAUUACUUACUGAAGCCCUUCUCAGCUUUUUAGUUAAAAAAAAGUUAAAAAAGGUGUCUGUAAAUGCAAACUUCAGCUUAAAUUCAAGUGCUUGUAAGUCAAAAGUCGAAAACAUCAAUUUUUUCUCCUUUUACUUUUUUAUAAGUUGAACUUUGAGGAGACUUUUAUAUCUGAA